AAAAGUAGCAGCUCUCUGACGGUUAGCGCAAACAGCUGAGAGAGCCCGAUCAGUCUUUAUCCUACAGACUCUAGCUCUCCUUUUACUUCAACACUGCUCGGAGUAACUGCGGAAUAACUAGACGACAUUUUCUCGCUUCAACGUUUGGACUUUUGAAAUCUUUUAAACGCUCAUUUUUGCUUUAUUUCUUUUGACGGAAUAAAAUCUCAAGACUCCGUGACAAUGCGUCUGAUUCAGAACAUGAUCACCAUCGCCGAAUGCCCGACUCCGGAGUGCCCUUCCAACCGGGUCAUCAAAAUAGCUGUGAUCGGUGGCAGUGGGGUUGGCAAAACAGCGCUUGUGGUGAGGUUUCUAACAAAACGUUUCAUCGGAGACUACGAGAGAAAUGCCGGUAACCUAUACUCACGAGAGGUGCAGGUCGACGGCGAGCAAGUAGCCGUGCAGGUCCAGGACACACCCGGCGUCGAGAUGACCAACAAUGCGGUCCUCCUCUUCCCCGACCACGUGACCCGCUCUGUCCAAUGGGCGGACGCGGUGGUGCUGGUCUAUUCGGUGGCGGAUCGCGCCAGCUUCGACCUGAUCUCCGGCCUCCACCAACAGGUGGUGCAAUCGGGCGGCGCCCAGCCACACGGCCCCCCGCCUCCCAUCAUCCUCCUGGCCAACAAGUCUGACCUGGUGCACCUGCGCCAGGUGGACCCCGAGCAGGGCCCCCUGCUGGCGGCGGCGUUGGGCUGCAGCUUCUACGAGCUGUCUGCCAGCGAGGACUACAGCCAGGUGCACGGCGCCUUCCACCGGCUCUGCGGCGAGCUGGCCAAGCGGCCCGCCCCCGCCCCCGCCCUGGCCGUGGCGACCUCCAACUCGGAGAAGAGGCGCUCGGCACUCAUCCCGCGGCCAAAGUCGCCCAACAUGCAGGACCUGAAGCGGCGCUUCAAGCAGGCGCUGUCGGCCAAGGUGCGCACCGCUACAUCUGUGUGAGCUGUGGGAAGGGGGAGUGGAGAGAACCACCGAAGAACAGAUUGAACAGAACAGAACAGAACAGAGGAGUUGAGUUGAAGGUCCUCUCGCUUCACGUCAAGGCUUCUGGGAUGCGUCGAGUACCAGACUACUCGGACAGUGCCAGAGACUGUCGCGACCUCUAGUUUGGGCCAAUCAUCGGGGGUGCAGAAUUGUGUAACGGUUUGACCCGAUUGGUGGAGGGGGUUGAAAGGUUGAGAUCCCCGAUCAGCCACGAAGACCAAGGAGAAGGACAAGCCUGAGAUCGAUAACUGCAGACAGACACACGGUGACUCCAGAACUAUAGCUCAAGCCUUCAUCAACAGCCAGGCUGCUGCUGCUGCUGCUGCUGCCCUGGCAACGGGCCCGGUGAAGGGCAUGCUGGGUAUUUUUCCCUGAAGGCCAUUGUGGUUUCUUCAGUAUUUAUCCAAGCUGUGACAGAGUUAAACAAGAGCCUAGUAAGGGCUGGCUCUAGACUGUUUGAACUUUAUCGUUAUGCUGAGCAGAGUGGAUGUACUCUGCCUCACACAAACAGAAAGAAGCAUUAUGUUGUGUUUCUUGAAUUUGUUUUAUCAUGCACUUUAGGAGUUCAGUCACUUAUUUAUUGUACUUUAUUUUUCUCCUGUUUUGAUAAAAUAAAAUUGUUACGUUUGAUAAAGGUC